AUGGUUUCCGACAUCGAAAAACUCGUCAGGACCUGCCCAAGAUGUGCAUCCGUAGCAAAGGAUCUGAUCAAAGCCGAAGUACAAUCAUGGCCGAAACCACACUCACCGUGGACACGAGUUCAUGCUGAUUUUGCUGAAUCAAUGGAAGGAUUAUACUGUCUACUUAUCGUGGACGCCUACUCCAAAUGGCCGGAAAUCGUCCAGAUGUCAUCGAUCUCCUCAACGGCUACCAUCCAAGCAAUAAAGUGCAUCUCUGCCGAGUUCGGAAAUCCAGAGACGCUCAUCACAGACAACGGAACACAGUUCACGUCAUCUCAGUUCACUUCAUUCUGCCUUCCUGAGGAAUCUUGCACAUUCACAAGGCGCCAUUCCAUCCACAAAGCAUCUGACAAGCAGAAUGUUUUGUGGACACCUUCAAAGGAGGACUUGCCACGCUGA